AUGUAUGGUAAUUUCUUGGCUGGAUCACAUGACACAAUUACCUCAAGAAUCGAUCAAGAUGUAUUGCAGGUCUGCCUACGUUUCCGAUUUUUUCUCCCUGGCGGGGUCUUUCCACGCGCCUGUGGUGCUAUAGAUGGACAAAGUUUAACACAGCCAAGCUGCCAAUUCUCCUCUGUAGCAAAGAGGAAAAAGGGAAGGAGAAGAGAUAUGACGGAAUACGAUGAUCGCAGCUGUGCGUCAAAUAUGUAUUUACCGAACUGUACUUAUUACGUUUCGACGCCCGAUUUCACAUCAGUCUCCUCCUUUUUACCGCAGACCACUUCGUGUCAGAUUAAUUUCCCCUAUUCUCCCAACAUAGCUCAAGUCCAACCUGUUCGAGAAGUCGCUUUCAGGGAUUAUGGACUGGACCAUCCCAGCAAAUGGCACUACAGGGGCAAUUACGCGUCUUACUACUCAACGGACGAGAUAAUGCACCGGGACUUGAUCCAGUCCUCCAGCAGCAGGGCGGAUGUGAUAUUCAAAAACGAGUCCUUGUACGGCCACCACGGAGGGACGAGCUCGCCGUGCAAUUUCCUCACCGGCGUGGGCCGAAACGGGGUUCUCCCCCAGUGCUUCGACCAGUUUUUGGACAAUCCUAACUCGGACAAGACCAACGCGGAGCUCCCCAAACAAAAGACAGACUCUGCUGCUCCCGGAGAUGCGGCUGAGAAUAACAAUCAGGCUUUAACCAAACUGGAGCAGCAGCACAAAGCUGACCCGAGCGGGAGCGCCGACGAGGACUCGUCCUCCAACUGCGGGGACAAAAACAACCAACAGAGUUCAUCCACCAAGUCCAGGAAGAAGAGGUGUCCAUACACCAAAUACCAGAUCCGAGAACUUGAACGAGAGUUUUUCUUCAACGUGUACAUUAACAAAGAGAAGCGGCUCCAGCUGUCCCGGAUGUUAAACCUGUCCGAUCGGCAGGUGAAGAUCUGGUUUCAGAACAGAAGGAUGAAAGAGAAAAAGCUCAACCGCGACCGCCUACAGUAUUUUACUGGGAACCCUUUAUUCUGA